AAUCCAGGAUGUCAUCCUUGUCGCCUUGUUUCAGCGUGGGAUCCUUGGUGAGGUGCAAGACCUGUUUCGGCGACAACAUUAAAGGAGAGGUAUUGGCAUUUGAUUUGGGAAUAAAAAUGCUAAUCUUAAAGUGUCCAGCCAGCAAGGGAUUUGGAGAUCAGCAGAGGAUUUUCAAUCGAACCAUAGUGAACCUAUCCUUGUGCAGGGAUAUUGAAAUUGUCCAGGAAAUGAUAUCGAAAGAGAUAAUGUUACCACCAGAUCCACUUAAUCUUCAUUGGAUCCAGGAGCGUUUGAGCCGGGCCAUAGCUAUUAGAGCCGCUAUCUGUAGAAGCUAUCACCCGAAGGCCACUCCAUUGGCCCAGGCGCUGUUUCGCAAAAUGGUCCAGCACUUCGGGGAUGGAAGAGUCAACUGGAUUGAGCGCCGGGACAGCGUUUCUAUACAGGUGAUGCGGCAGGUGGUUAUUGGAGCACCCUAUCGAGUGGAGAACAUCUUUUGCACCAUCUCACCCAUACCGCAGCUUCUGUUGGGGAUACGUCAGAUCGUCCAGAGCUUGAACCACCAUCAUAAAAAAUAA